AAAUAUUAAAUUUCAUGAUAUUCGAGAAUAAAUCACUGACAGAACGCGUGUGCAUUAGAAUUCAGUUGAGUCGGUCCGAAAUAUUUCUUAGUUUUUAAACUUUUAUAUCUUACAAAAAAUGGAAGUGGACAAAAUUGAUUUGAGUUUAGAUGAUAUCAUCAAGCUGAACAAAAAGCAACAAAAAGGCAGUAGAGGGCGUGGCAGAGGAAGGGGUCAGGGUCGUGGGCGUGGAGGUGGGCCUCCAGUACGGGGUAGGGGUGGCAGUAGCACAAGAGGUACAAGAAUCAUAACAAAUCAGUCAUUACGAGGUCAGGGAAGAGGUGGAGCCACCAGAGGUGUUAGGAGAGGCGGGGCCAUAACAGCCGUAAGGGGGCGUAACAGAUUUAAUCAAGUGAAGAAAAAAGGGACCAGUCCAUUGAACAGACAGAAUGGACAGACGGGUAACACACAACAGGCCAGAGGUAGGGGUGGAGGAAGAGGCAGACCUGUCCGGGGUAGGGGAGGUCUCAGAGGUCAAGGUCAGGGGAGAGGUCAGGGGCAGCUGAGAGGUCAAGGUCAGGCUAAGGUUGCAGGACAAGGGUUAAUUAGCUUGAAUCGACGUAGAGAACAGGCAUUGGAGAGUUUAUUAAAAGCAAAACAGACAUUAGCAAGUCUGAACGCAAGACAGAGGGAGCAAAAACAGAAUAGAGGCCUGAUAGUUAAUCAGAGAAGAGGGUUACAGACAUCAACCGACAGUUUAAACAAACUAGGCCGAGGAAGAGGGCGUGGGCGAGGUGGGAGAGGAGGCAGAGGGAGAGGUGGAUUGUCCAGAUACAGCAGCAAUAUGUCCCUUACCUUUGUCGGGUCACAGUCACCAAGACGGGGCCGAGGACGGGGUAGGGGUCAAGGUCAGCAAGGUUUAAACAGAACGUUUAGCGGCAGUUUGGUCUCAGUCAGCGGAGUUGGAGCUCCAGGAAAGAGACAGAGAAGAAGAUGGAGACAACCAAAGACAGACGACUCAUCGUUAUUGACCAUAUCAGUACAAAACUCACCACCAACGUCGCCAAAGAGAAGAAACAAGUUACCGCGAUAUAAUGUAGCUAACAGAUCAGACUCAAACCCAGAAUUACAGGCUCAGAUUAGGAGCUUGAAACCAGCGGUAUCAACAAAAUACAACUUCAAGAAAUCUGUCUUUGCUCAGGCUACAACCUCCACCUCCCUCAGUGACAGGUUUUCCGCAAGUACUCCAACCUCACCCGGAAGUUUCCAGACUGACUUACAAGGUCGAAAAGUUUUCUUUUAGGUUGAAUAGGCACCUUCAAAACCAAGGCUUCCAUGGCAAACCUGAGCCACAGGCUUUAAUUAUUAUUUAUAUAAUAAAGUGAUGGAUUAUUGUGCUAGAAAUUGGACCAGAAUGUUUAGCAAUUGGAAACGACCUUUUAAAGGAUAGCCGCAUUCUUUGGAUUGGACAUUUGAAUGAAACCUUGAAAAGGAAGCAGUAGCUAAGAACUUUUACCAGGAAUGAUUUUAUACCUUUAUAAAGAUAAAGAGAUAACCCUACUGCUAGAAAAUAUAUAGGGAGAUAGCCCUCUUACUUGAGAACUAUUUUAGCAUUUUUUGUAACGAAGAAGAGAGAGAAAAGUGAGAUAUGAGCAAAGCAAGUUUAUAGUGAAUGUAUGUUGUAUCAGGAAAGUUGAAAUGGAUCAGAUUCUAGAGAGUUUUAAUCAUUUUAGAAACUGUUUUAUAAGUACCAGUCUCCCAGUAGAUUGAAUCCCCAAAUUAAUCCUUUUAAGCAUUAAAGUACAUUUUAACAUUUGGUGUCGUUGAAAGGUCAGUCAAGUUUGAAUCCAGAUUUUAUGAAAUUAAAAAAAAGUAAGGGGAAAGAUAAUUCAUCAAAAAAAAGAGACAGUCUUUGGCUCGUAAAGAGAUGAAGAGCCAGGAAAUUUUAUGUAUAGUUGCAAGUAUGAGAUUUUAAACAGCUAGAUUGUGGUGGCAUUAGUGUGUUGGAUCUGUAACAGAAAGGUGAUAAUUGCUGCAGACGUAUCUACGGGAAAGGGAGAAGUUAUUUUUCUUUCUUUUUUUUUCAUAAAAUGUUCAUUGUGUGAAACAGUAUAACCAUUCUGUAUUUAACAAUUAUAACCUUUAGAAAAAAAAUGUUAGACUGUUUUAGAUGUAGAACAAAGUUAGUUCUUAUUUAUUUUUUAAAAUGUAGAUCAUGACCCGAGCAUAUACACACGGUUUUUUUCUGCCGUUGUUUUACUAUAUUUUAUGCUGCUGUUGAAUUUUAAUAUUGACACAAAUUAUAGACAGUUAAAUUUAUACAUUGUU